AUGGCAGUAACAUCGCCUUCGGAACAUCAGAAUGAUGCUAUCGCUAAGGAGCAGUCGCAACAUGUCGAAGAGGUCGUGGAACCGAAGACUCAUGAACACUACGCUCACGUUGAUGAGACGAUCGCAAGGAGAGUAGCCGCCAAUGUAGACGACUUCAUGACGCUCGUCGCCGAAGCAGACGCUGCGAACCAGCGCGAACGUGAAAUGUCUCUCAAAACGGCUUUUAGGGUGUACCCGAAAGCGAUCGCCUGGUCGAUCUGGGAUCAUGUAAGCAGGACCCUAGACAAUGUUAGGGUUCACCUAACAACUAUUGCAACAGAUGCGGCAUACCCAGCCUUCAUGAAUAGAUUCGGGAUCCUCGCCAAAGACGGCACACACCAGAUCCCGCCAGAUUGGCAGAAUGGUAUAAGCGGUGCACGAAACGCUGGCGAGAUCAUUGGCCUUCAGUUCGCCGGCAUCCUCUCUGACCGCUUUGGAUAUCGAUGGACCCUUAUCCUCGGCCUCAUUGUCUUGACCGGGCUAAUCUUUAUCCCCUUCUAUGCCCAUACCCUUACCACCUUCCUUGUUGGCAAUCUCCUCAUGGGCAUCCCGUGGGGAGUAUUCCAGACCAUGACAACAGCCUAUGCCGCGGAAGUCUGUCCCGUUCCAUUGCGACACUAUCUUACUUGCUUUGUCAACCUUUGUUGGAUUAUCGGUCAGUUCAUCAAGGCGGGUGUAUUGGUCGGAUUUGUGGACAGAACGGAUGAAUGGGGAUACAAAAUCCCUUUCGCAAUACAGUGGGUAUGGCCGAUUCCGAUCGCUAUCGGGAUAUACCUCGCUCCAGAGAGUCCGUGGUGGUAUAUACGUGCCGGGAAAAAGGCAGAAGCUGAAGUUUCGCUAAAGCGUCUCGCACGAAGCUCGGGCUUCUCGCAGAGAGAUGCAGAUGCGGCUAUGGCCCUCAUGCUCUACACAGACGAGAUGGAGAAGCAAGUACAAUCUGGCACGCGCUACAGGGACUGCUUCAAGGGCGUGAACCUCCGCCGCACCGAGAUCGUAUGCAUGACCUGGCUUGCGCAAACCAUGUCGGGCACCGCUCUCGGUGGUCUCUCAGCAUUCUUCUACGAACAAGCCGGGAUCUCCGACCGUGACGCAUUCAAGCUGAGCUGGGGACAGAGCGCCCUCGGUGCUGUAGGGACCAUCGCGAGUUGGUUUGUCCUGAACAAAAUUGGAAGAAAGACACUCAUGUUCAGCGGCAUGUGUGUAAUAUUUGUACUGCUUAUGUGA